CCGGAGGUGGCCAGCAUCGAGGCUGUGGAAGUUGACAUCAGCAGACAGUGUUCCCAGAGAGCUGUCCUCCAGGCCCGCUCCACCCAGCCUUCCAGACUCACCAGCAUCAUACUGGCUGAGGAUGUCGGUGAGUUCAGUACCUGUUGGAUGAAGAGAGAUGCAAAUGUGUCUUUAUUGUGGCUAAGCUUUUGGUCAAACAACCAUGGAGGGCCUUGUCAACCAGCAUAAAACGAGACUAACAUGAACAGGUGAAAUGGGCCUACCUGCUAAUCCGGAAGUUCAUGAGGGUAGAAUUGAGAUAGAGCAUAUUCUCACAUAGGCUAUUCUCUAAUCUCUCCAUAGAUGAGUUUCCAUCCAAUGGUGAAAGAUUUCCAUGUGAAUAUUCUAAAAUACGCAUACUUAAAAUAUGCGCAUUUUCCUACCAGAGAUGUGUUUCCAUCAAAUUGACUAGUUGCAGAUAAAAGUCAAUGCGUGAUGACGUAGUGCACAUAAAAAUGACUUUUGCGGUUAAAUUCCCAUGUACCGAAUAAAAAAUACUAGUUAAAUGGGUUUCCAUCGCAUUUUCAACUCUACUGAUGGUUUUGUCACAAAGAAAAUUGCUUUAUAUAGUGAAUGCUAUUGGCAUGUACUCUCUAGCCAACCGCUCACAGAUACAGUGCGGGUGUAGCCUACAUGAUGACAUUAUUAUGGACAAAAGAGCGAGAUUAUAAAAAUGUGUCAAAUGGCAGCCAAGCAUUGAUCAUCAUAUCAACAGAAUAACGCCCUCUAUUUAUUGGAAAGGCGUAUCAAGCUCAUCACCUUGCACUUUCCCCACCCUGUGAAGUUCAUCAUAAUUGAUUUAAUCUGUAAUCUAAUAAACUGAAUGCUUUCCCAAGUUGUAGUGGGAGGACCACACAUGUCAUCGUGUGACUCUUAAGUUUACUUCGAUAUGAUGGUUAUUAUAGAAAUAUUUUUGCAUAAAAGCAUUUCAACUGCCAUUUCUCGCAAAAUUAAUUUUCCAGACACAAAAAGUUCCCACCAUGUCUAGCAUAUUAGCUGUUUCCAUUAGGUCUGUGGUGACAUUUUGUAUUCAACAUGCUUUACUCACAAAGGUUGGAUGGAAAACCUGGUUCAUGGUAAGGACUUGUUGUUACGCUUCAGUCCAUGGAAGUUGAGGUGAUUUAGUCUAUAGGCCAAAACCAGAUAAUCUACUCAGUGUAUUGCUCAAGUCGACCCUAUGAACUAUAUGUUGAAACAUUUCCCUUUAUUAGCUUAAUCCGGUUUGUAAGUGCUUGGCUAGAACAAAAAAGUGCAUCCCUGUGGGGCCCAGAAAAAGGAACGAAAAACGCUGCUUUAUAGUAUUGUGCGAUAGUACUGCGAGCCAGAUGUUUACUCCAGCUAUUGGCUUGUCAUGGAGCAGUCAUUGGCGAUACAGGCUGUAAUUAGAAGUGCCUAAAACACAGGCCCUUUCAGAUGCCUUUCUUAUAAACUUCUCUAACAACAGUCAUGUUGAAACUGCACAGAACGGUGUAGUAAUACUGAAUGUAGCCCAUCGCUCAUCACAGCAUGACCUCUGAGCUGUUUCCUUUCUUGAAUUGAAUACACCUCGAGGACUGUAUCACUCAUUGCUAAGGUUUGGUGCGUUUUUAUGAUAACUGGCUGCAUUACCUGUGUGUGACUGUCCCCUUCUCCUGUACUCAGUAACGGGACAGGUACUGCGCUGUGAUGCCAUCGUGGACAUCAUCAGUGAGAUCCAGAUAGUGUCCACCACCAGGGAGCUGCAUCUGGAGGACUCACCACUGGAACUGAAGAUCCACUCACUGGACUCUGAGGGUGAGGAGUGUUCAAGGAUACACUGUUAUGCGUUAUUGGACAGCUUGUAGCAUUAGUUGUCUUUUGCUCAGAGACAUUUACGUCAUGGUAUACUGUCAUCACAACACUUUACAUUUAGUUGCUCUAUACCUACCUAUGUAGUGACAGUGCACUUACUGUAGUAACAUUGUAUCACCAUUGUAUCAACAAUGUCCUGAUAUUCCACUUGUGUAAACUUUUUACAAUGUAAUGACUAAAUUGCUAUGCAACAACAUGUUAAUACAAUGUUCUUAGUAGAGUAAUUACAGCAUUACUACAGAUAUAUGAACAACUUUAAAGUGCUACCAGCGUUAAGUAUAAUGCGUAGAGAGAUCCACAGUAUUGUUGUGUGGACUAGCCAGUUUAAUGACUUUUCCAGUAGGGAUGACUGUGAUCCCCCACGGCAGGCCUUCCCUGUCCUCAGGCAGCGGUUAAAUGUCUCUCUUUGUUCUGUCUCACUGGUUCCAUUUGGGCCAGGCACAGACACACUCUGUUAAAUGAGCUGAAGCCCCAACCUGAUUCUCUUUGAUGACGGCCCCUAAGGCGCGCUGCAUUUUGUUGUUUGUUUUAGCCUUUAUGUGUACUACUCUCAGAUCUGUCAAAUGGAAUAGCUGAAAUACUGUGUUGAAAGAGGAUUAUUGGUGUUUGGGUUUAUAGGACUGCAACCUUUAGGGACUUGUCAAAGUGGUGUGCUGUAUUUGCCUUCUUGUCCACAGGGAUUUAAGUCCUUUCAACACAAAUUCACAGGACAAUGUUUUGCAUGUAGCAGUGUAAUAUAUAUAUUUUAAUGUUGAUACUUAAAUUGCACCAUCUACAUUUGUAUGUACGAUAAAUCAAAUCCCAAGCAAUGGGAGCAUAUGCUUAGCCAUGUCUCUCACCCCCAAAUUGUUGAUUGUGCAGGAAACACCUUCAGCACUCUAGCAAGCCUGGUGUUUGACUGGACCAUAGUGAAAGAUGCAGACACGGAUGGAUUCCUUGACUCCUACAACUCAUUAAGGUGCGUUGCCAUGCACUCCAUCAUGGAGAAAACAACCUGCCUGUUAGAGUGAAUGUAAAGUAAAUGGUCAACAACAUCAUUAUAACAAGAACUGGUUUAAGGAUGGCAAUUCAAUGCAAAUUCAAUCUUACCUGUGACUUAUCAGGUUAUUUAAAUACAUUUGGUUAUGAUUUGCCUUGUGCCAGAAUUGACCUUUAAACUACAGCUUAGGAUAGGCCUCAGGUUCUUAUCACAGGUCUAACAUAUUACUUCUGUAUGUAGAGGUUAAUUGUAAUAUGUCCAUUUGUCACUGUCGAUAAUAUGCCUGUAAUGUGUUUUCCAAUCCCUUUCCCUCCCUCAAGGGUUCUUAAAUUCUCUGAGUCUACGUACACCCCCCCUGGUUACAUCUCUGAGAUGGAGAAAGUGGGGAAACAGGGAGAUAUCAUCUUGGUGUCAGGACUGAAAACGGGCCACGCUAAGCUUAAGGCUAAAAUACAAGAAUCUCUGUAUAAGGUAUUCUGUUAAAAACAUUUCCUGAAUCUCUUACCUUGUUUUUGAAGUAGACUGUAGCUGGAUUAUCACACUGUAUAGUUAAUAAUUAAAUACUGGCUUAAGGACCUCAAAUCAGAAGUAUCUUUUUAGAAGCGAGGGAAGGGAACAUCAGAGGGGUAUAAGAACUUGAGCUUAGUUGAAGUAGUAUCCGUUCAUCCCAGCAGCCCUCCAGGGGCAUAGACUGCUAUACAUAACAAUCUUGACUUGCGGAACAGUGAUGUCUCCUCUCCAGCCUUAUCUGUGAUGUCACAGCUAGUAGAGCCUGUCUAGCCCGUCUGACAUUUUUAUUUUUAUUUCACCUUUAUUUAACCAGCUAAGCCAGUUGAGAACAAGUUCUCAUUUACAACUGCGACCUGGCCAAGAUAAAGCAAAGCAGUGCGAUAAAAACAACAACAACACAGUUACAUAUGGGAUAAACAAAACGUACAGUCAAAAACACAAUAGAAAAUCUAUUUACAGUGUGUGCAAAUGUAGUAAGUUAUGGAGGUAAGGCAAUAAAUAGGCCAUAGUGCAAAAUAAUUACAAUUUAGUAUUAACACUGGAGUGAUAGAUGUGCAGAAGAUGAUGUGCAAAUAGAGAUACUGGGGUGCAAAUGAGCAAAAUAAAUAACAAUUUGGGGGAUGAGGUAGUUGGUGACCAAUGAGCUAAGAUAAGGCGGAUUUGCCUAGCAGUGAUUUAUAGAUGACCUGGAGCCAGUGGGUUUGGCGACGAAUAUGUAGUGAGGGCCAGCCAACGAGAGCGUACAGGUCACAAUGGUGGGUAGUAUAUGGGGCUUUGGUGACAAAACGGAUGGCACUGUGAUAGUCUACAUCCAAUUUGCUGAGUAGUGUUGGAGGCUAUUUUGUAAAUGACAUUGCCAAAGUCAAGGAUCGGUAGGAUAGUCAGUUUUACGAGGGCAUGUUUGGCAGCAUGAGUGAAGGAGGCUUUGUUGCGAAAUAGGAAGCCGAUUCUAGAUUUAACUUUGGAUUGGUGAUGCUUAAUGUGAGUCUGGAAGGAGAGUUUACGGUCUAACCAGACACCUAGGUAUUUGUAGUUGUCCACAUAUUCUAAGUCAGACCUGCCGAGAGUAGUGAUUCUAGUCUGGCGGGCGGUUGCAAGCAGCGUUCGAUUGAAGAGCAUGCAUUUAGUUUUACUAGCGUUUAAGAGCAGUUGGAGGCUACGGAAGGAGUGUUGUAUGGCAUUGAAGCUCGUUUGGAGGUUUGUUAACACAGUGUCCAAUGAAGGGCCAGAUAUAUACAAAAUGGUGUCGUCUGCGUAGAGGUGGAUCUGAGAGUCACCAGCAGCAAGAGCGACAUCAUUGAUAUACACAGAGAAUAGAGUCGGCCCGAGAAUUGAACCCUCUGGCACCCCCAUAGAGACUGCCAGAGGUCCAGACAACAGGCCCCACGAUUUGACACAUUGAACUCUAUCUGAGAAGUAGUUGGUGAACCAGGCGAGGCAGUCAUUUGAGAAACCAGUGGGCAUGGACAAGUUGCAGCAGAGGGUGCAGAGCUGGUGGCCGGGGUAGGGGUAGCCAGGUGGAAAGCAUGCCAGCCGUUGCAAAAUGCUUGUAGAAAUUAGAUGGGGGGGCAGUCAAUUCAUAUAUGGUGUCCAGGGCACAGCUGGGGGCUGAGGGGUGUCUGUAGCAAGCGGCAACAGUGAGAGACUUAUUUCUGGAAAGGUGGAUUAUUAGAAGUAGAAGCUCAAGCUGUUUGGGCACAGACCUGGAUAGUAUGAUAGAGAAGAUGAUGUGAAAUGAGACUCCACAGUUAUAGGGUAGGCCUCAUUUCGAUUACAGAGAGAGAUUACAGUACCACUGAAGGGUGUAUUGUACAACAGUCAAUUACAGUGAGGGGAAAAAAGUAUUUGAUCCCCUGCUGAUUUUGUACGUUUGCCCACUGACAAAAAUGAUCAGUCUAUAAUUUUAAUGGUAGGUUUAUUUGAACAGUGAGAGACAGAAUAACAACAAAUAAAUCAAGAAAAACGCAUGUCAAAAAUUUUAUAAAUUGAUUUGCAUUUUAACGAGGGAAAUAAGUAUUUGACCCCUCUGCAAAACAUGACUUAGUACUUGGUGGCAAAACCCUUGUUGGCAAUCACAGAGGUCAGACGUUUCUUGUAGUUGGCAACCAGGUUUGCACACAUCUCAGGAGGGAUUUUGUCCCACUCCUCUUUGUAGAGCUUCUCCAAGUCAUUAAGGUUUCGAGCCUGACGUUUGGCAACUCGAACCUUCAGCUCGCUCCACAGAUUUUCUAUGGGAUUAAGGUCUGGAAACUGGCUAGGCCACUCCAGGACCAUAAUGUGCUUCUUCUUGAGCCACUCCUUUGUUGCCUUGGCCAUGUGUUCAGGGUCAUUGUCAUGCUGGAACACUCAUCCACAACCCAUUUUCAAUGCCCUGGCUGAGGGAAGGAGGUUCUCACCCAAGAUUUGACGGUACAUGGCCCUGUCCAUCGUCCCUUUGAUGCGGUGAAGUUGUCCUGUCCCCUUAGCAGAAAAACACCCCCAAAGCAUAAUGUUUCCAUCUCCAUGUUUGACGGUGGGGAUGGUGUUCUUGGGGUCAUAGGCAGCAUUCCUCCUCCUCCAAACACGGCGAGUUGAGUUGAUGCCAAAGAGCUCCAUUUUGGUCUCAUCUGACCACAACACUUUCACCCAGUUCUCCUCUGAAUCAUUCAGAUGUUCAUUGGCAAACUUCAGACGGCCCUGUAUAUGUGCUUUCUUGAGCAGGGGGACCUUGCGGGCGCUGCUGGAUUUCAGUCCUUCACGGUGUAGUGUGUUACCAAUUGUUUUCUUGUUGACUAUGGUCCCAGCUGCCUUGAGAUCAUUGACAAUAUCCUCCCGUGUAGUUCUGGGCUGAUUCCUCACCGUUCUCAUGAUCAUUGCAACUCCACGAGGUGAGAUCUUGCAUGGAGCCCCAGGCCGAGGGAGAUUGACAGUUCUUUUGUGUUCCUUCCAUUUGCGAAUAAUCGCACCAACUGUUGUCACCUUCUCACCAAGCUGCUUGGCGAUGGUCUUGUAGCCCAUUCCAGCCUUGUGUAGGUCUACAAUUUUGUCCCUGACAUCCUUGGAGAGCUCUUUGGUCUUGGACAUGGUGGAGAGUUUGGAAUCUGAUUGAUUGAUUGCUUCUGUGGACAGGUGUCUUUUUAUACAGGUAACAAGCUGAGAUUAGGAGCACUCCCUUUAAGAGUGUGCUUCUAAUCUAAUCUUCAAUCUUUCUGAUUGAGAGGGGGUCAAAUAUUUAUUUCCCUCAUUAAAAUGCAAAUCAAUUUAUAACAUUUUUGACAUGCGUUUUUCUGCAUUAUUUUGGUGUUAUUCUGUCUCUCACUGUUCAAAUAAACCUACCAUUAAAAUUAUAGAAUGAUCAUUUCUUUUUCAGUGGACAAACGUACAAAAUCAGCAGGGGAUCAAAUACUUUUUUCCCUCACUGUAUAUACAAAACAUUUAAAGUCGUUUUGUACAUGAUGGAGUGUUGGGAGCUAUUGAUGGCGUGUGAAUCAUACUGUAACCGAGUUGUUCUGGUUUCUCGACGUGUCAAACGGCAUGUGUCGUUUGCUGUGCCGUAACUAUGGUAUCUACCCUUCACACAGGAUGUCGGUGCAGCAGAGGUGAAACUGCUGAUUCUGGAGAAUAUCCUACUGAGCCCUGCACAUGAUGUCUACCUGCUGGUGGGCACAUCCAUCCAAUACAAGGUCCAGAAGAUCAGGCAGGGAAAGAUCGCAGGUGGGUCUGAACUUACUCAGUCAAGCAAACUAACAAUAAAUUACGUAUUGAAUCACAUGUACCAAAAAUUGUUAGAUGAUAUUCAUAUCACAGCUCAGGGUGGCAUGUUACAAGUGUAUGAAGUAAAUGAUGGAGAUGGGUUUUUAUUAUAAAGAGCUAACCCAGGUUAGUUCUGUUGUGUUCCAGAGUUAUCUAUGCCCUGUGACCAGUAUGAGCUGCACCUCCAGAACAGUGUGGCAGGGCCUGAUGGAAACCCAGAGCUGGCCGUGGCUAGUCUGGACCAGAGCACCUCCACUGUCAAUGGCCUGCACCUGGGACAUAUCAAUGUGGUGCUGGAUCAUAAGAGUAUCCUU